AUGGCUUCAGAAAGAAUAUCUGUACAUUCUCUCCCUGAUCUCAAAAACACCUCCGACGAUGCUCUCCCCACCUACCUAAACUCCCUCAAAUUCACCCAGUCACAUACUCUCUCUGAUGCUCGUCUGGCAAUUGGUUAUACAUCUGUCUUAGUCUGCGGUGCCUGUUUCUACUGGGACUACACCUAUGGUUUUGAGCCUACAAAGUCCUAUACAGCAAUUGCGGUUGGAAUCUACUUUAUCCUCAACACCUUCCUUACCUUCUGGUUAUUCUAUGUCGAGAAAGGAAUUAUAUAUAUCGGCACAUCUCCAGACAAGAAACACAUCAUCGAAAUCUCUACUCAAACUAAAAAACAUCAACCAAUUUAUAACUUAACAUUCAAGAUAUAUGAAGCGGCCAAAGGCAGAUCCGGACAACCAAAGGAAGAGAGAACCUUGAGAAAACCUUUUAGAGAAUGGUUUGAUGUGAAAGGUCAUUUUAUUGUACAACCAUUCCAGGAGAUGUUGGCGAGUAAUAUCUCAGUGAUUGGAGCUGUCGAUCAAAAGAGAGUGGUUAAAGAUGAGAAAAAGGUUGAGCAAGAAGGCCAAGCAGAUCUAAGUAUGGAUGACAAAUGGGCAGCAUUAUUGAAGGAGAGUAGUGGUGAUGUUGAGACUUCUGGGACAGAAAAGGCAGCUGGAGGAAAGAAGAGAAGCAAGAAGAUUUGA